GUUAAACCCUAAUAAAUGAAAAAUCCUUGCUUUUCUCCCUUCCUCUGUAAAAGACGAAAGAGAACAGAAGACACCAUUCAUCGGUCCGUAAAGAUGGGUUCCAAUAACCUACCUACAACAGUUGACAAGGAGCAGAUUUUUGGCAUGGCCGAGAAGGAGAUGGAGUACAGGGUUGAAUCAUUUAACAAGCUCACUCAGACAUGCUUCAACAAGUGUGUCGAUAGAAGGUACAAGGACCCUGAGCUAAAUAUUGGCGAAAAUAGCUGCAUUGAUCGUUGUGUAUCAAAAUAUUGGCAGGCGACAAACCUUAUUGGUCAGAUGCUUGGUAAUGGACGAUCACCGAUGUGAAAUUCUUCUACGCCUGACCAUAUAAAGUUCUGAAGAGCAGGAUGACUUCUUGCCACCAAAGCCAUGAAAUUUUGAUGUUUUUCUGAGAUUUACAGUAAUGUAUUUUAGCGGUUGAUAAAGAAAUGCAGAUAAGCAUAUAGGUUUUCCUUUUUUUUAUUUUUAAAAAGGAUUAGUUCCAGCGCCUCCAUUCUUUAUAUGCAAGUAUUUUAAUUAAAGCUUUGCCAUAUGAUCCUUCUAAUGUAACUGAAUUUCCUCUUUCCACAUUUGUCAUGUUAGACGAAUUUCCUA